AUGGAGAACCACUCAUCCUUUAUCGACCCGAGCCUGUCAGGGCGCCAGACAGCACCGCAACGUCCUCGGAAGCGGGCCCAGGUGGCCAGAGCAUGUGAUGAGUGUCGAAUGCGUCGCACCAAAUGCGACAAUAAGGUCCCAUGUUCAAAAUGCUCGAUUAAGGGAUUGAACUGUAGUAACAGCGGCGUCCCGAAGGCGUCGACUCUUUCCGAGGCCCGCGAUGAGAUUGCGUUGCUGAAACAAAGAGUUCAGCAACUCGAAGCGCAAAUUCACCGACAGCGCACCGAUGUCGUGAACUUGCCCACACCAACAAACUCUUCGCCGUCGGGGUCUCAAGACGCGCACUAUACGGUGGCUGAUCCAAUUCCUCCCACAGACUUCAAAAGAUUUCCCGGGGGCAUACAAUUUCGCGCGGCGCGCUCGCCGAACGACGCAUGGUUUGGGCCAUCGUCAUCUUAUUUUUUCGUGCAACGCCUAAGUGCAUAUUUGAAUAUGAAGCUCUCGCAAUCAUUUCCUGCACACCAGCUACUUCCUGUUUCGGCCAAAGAAAAUAAAUUACUUGACCGACCGGUAAAUGGUGGUGAUGAAGGAGUCGAAGAUUUUCUACGCCAACCCAUGUCUUUAGCCCAGGGAACUUCUACACCUGGUGUCUAUCUGAGCCUAGUACAGGAAGAGUAUUUUAUCAAUUUCUUCUGGCAAACCCACCACACCUCGCUAUUUCCGAUAAUAGACGAGGCCCACUUCAAGAAGCACUACCAGUCACUGUGGGUGACUGGGGGGACGGAAAGAAAGCCAUCCGCGCUAGUCGAUAUUAUCAUUGCCAUGUGCAUGCAAUAUUAUCUUUCAACGUUGCCCUCAGAGUCACAGGGCAUCCUUGUUGAAGGCAAAGACGCAAUGGUUGCAGGACGAUGGCAUUACUGGCGGGGCCAAACAUGGCUUACGUACGAACUUGAGAGUCCUUCUAUAUCGACACUACAAUGCCACUUGCUCUGCUCGAUAUACCUGUGCGGCGGGUCUUUCCAUAAUAGAAUGGAAAACUCUGUAAGCUUGGCUGUACGCACCGCUUUCACGCUCGGUCUGCACCUGGAUCCUCCAUCGAACAUGCCCGAGCGGGACCGGGAGAUGCGUAGGCGCUUAUGGUGGGCUGUUUAUCUCAUGGAUAGUAAGGCAGGCAUGAAACUUGGACGCCCCUUCAUGCUAAAUGACUCGUAUGUCAUGCCAUGCCUGCCUAGCGACAGCCUAGAGACUGCGGCCAUUUCAGGCUCCACAUUCGCUCCUAUAGGCGACAAUGCCACUUGGUUGAGCUUUAACCUCUACCAAACCACGUUAUACAUGGCGGUGCGAGCUGCCUACACAUCUUUCUAUGAUGGGAUUCUCCACUUGCAGCACGACCAGUCCAUAUGGGAUGACCCAAGCAUUUUGCAGGCGAGUGCAGAGGCUUUGGCACAGCACACACAACGUCUUCAACAAUGGGUCAACAGUGUGCCCGAUCCCCUCAAGUCGAAACGACGCAACAAUGGCACUCCUUUCUCCACGGACGGUACAAGCAUAUCAAUCGAGCAGUUCGCACCUGUCUGGCUGCAGCGACAGCGCUUGCUCCUUGAGCUCACGUACCAUCACUUGAGUGUAAAUUUUUAUCGACCUAUUAUAUCCUUCGUUACACGUCUGCCGCCAGGAAGUUUGGUAGAGGAAAUGGCACUUCGAUGUGCUAAGCAUGCUAUAAUGCUCUCGAAAAUCACGCAACAGGUGCUGGCGGAGACGUCGAUUCUGGACGGAUGGCACGAGGCGUAUUAUUGCCAGUGGAAUUCGGCCAUGACAUUGAUCGGGUUUUUAAUUGUGUAUCCGCAUACUUCGCUGGCAAGCGAAGCCAGGGCCGCUAUCGAUCUGGCACUUUCUGUCUUUGAUAAUUUUGGCGCCAAAUUCGCUAUUGCCCGAAACGCGUCCAAAAUUGUGCGAGACUUGUGUGAGAAGAUCGAUAUCCUAGCAAGAACAAAUCAGCUUCAGCAUGUAUCAACGACCGAGUUUACACCGGAUUUGAUGGAGGCUACCAGUGAUCUACCUCACGAUAUAUUAAUCGACCAGUCCUUUGUUUCCAACCCGAUGUUUGAAAAUAUUUAUCCGCAUGAACAGAUUGAUGUAUCCGAUUUCAACUUCUUCGAUGUGGCUGUUGAUAUUGAUUUUUGGAAUGAUCUGGACACCCUUUGGCCGGAAAAUGACGCCCUGGCUCACAACCAUGUUUCUGUUUAG